CUCCUCCUCCUCCGCCUCCGCCUCCCGCACUCGAGCAGCCGCCGCCGGCCGGACGGGCGCCGCUGCCUCCUCCUGCGCCCGGCAUGUCGGCGGCCGUGGCGUGCGUGGACUACUUCGCGGCCGACGUGCUCAUGGCCAUCUCCUCGGGCGCCGUGGUGCACCGCGGGCGGCCCGGCCCCGAGGGCGCGGGCCCCGCCGCCGGCCUGGAGGUGCGCGCCGCGCGCCGCGAGGCCGCCCCGCCCGGGGCCCCGGCGCCCCCGCCGCCGGCCCCCAGCGCCCCCAGCCCCGGCGCCCCGGCCGCCGCGCCCCACCUGCUGGCCGCCAGCAUCCUGGCCGACCUGCGCGGCGGGCCCGGGGUGGCCCCGGGGGGCGCCUCUCCCGCCUCCUCCUCUUCGGCCGCCUCGUCCCCGGGCUCCGGCCGCGCCCCCGGCGCCGCGCCCGCCGCCGCCGCCAAGAGCCACCGCUGCCCCUUCCCGGGCUGCGCCAAAGCCUACUACAAGUCCUCGCACCUGAAGUCGCACCUGCGGACGCACACAGGUGAACGCCCUUUUGCCUGCGACUGGCCAGGUUGCGACAAGAAGUUCGCGCGUUCGGACGAGCUGGCCCGCCACCACCGGACGCACACGGGCGAGAAGCGCUUCCCCUGCCCGCUGUGCACCAAGCGCUUCACCCGCAGUGACCACCUGACCAAGCACGCCCGGCGCCACCCCGGCUUCCGCCCGGAACUGCUCCGGCGCCCCGGCACCCGCAGCACCUCGCCCAGCGACUCGCUGGCCGGCAGCCCCGCCCCCAGCCCAGCGCCCAGCCCGGCCCCCGCCGGCCUGUAGGGCCCCGGUCCUGCCCAGCCCAGCCGGGUGCGAGUGUGGCCCCCCGCUGGGUCUCCCCAUGGACCACCAGCAUCAUGGACGCGCCUGUGUCCGGGGCCCACGGCCAGGCGGGGACCCUGUACUUGCCCCCUGCCCACCUUGAGGAAGCAAGGAGGGGGGGCGUGAGACUGGACCUGGGCCAGCCUGGCCCGCAGAGGUGACCACGCUGAGUCUGUAAAUAGCCACAACCGUUAACUUCUAACUUCCCAUCCCGGAGACACGGACCCCAGGGGGGCAGCCAGCAGCCCCUCCCCCACCCUCCCCAGGGGCGGGGGGUCUGGGAGCCUCGCCCAGUGCCUGGACUCCUUCCCUGGGGCCCCUGCCUGUCCCCACCCCACCCCACCCCACUGAAAGCCAUUGGAGACGUUCAGGGAAAUCGGGGUGCAGCCCGGCUGCCCCCCGACUUGGGUACUCAAUCUCAGGUGUCCGUAGGUCCUGCCCACAGGAGGGGCCGCCCAGCACCCGGGCCUCGGAGCAGGGCAGGGCUGGGCAGAUGCUGGGGUCCCCCUGCUCCCUGAGGCUGGGGGACGGGGGCGGGCGAGCGGAGGGGAAAACGGGUUCAUCCAAA